GUUGAGGAAAACCCCCUGACGCUACUGCUAAUUGGCUUCCUCGGGUUCCUGAGAUUGAGAUCACAACGAGCCGUGUUGGAUGGUGGAUACUCCGGAAAGUCAAGCUUCAGCCUUCCGCAAACCAUCGCGCCUCUUUAGCCGCGUCUCCCAGAUUCCCAGUAGUAUCUCCCGUCCCCAUAGGUUCAGAAGCUCAUCUUAACAAUAUUCCUGAAUCCUGAGCAUCCUGGCAGCCUUCCAUGGGCAAUUCCAUGCCCCUGCGGAUCUCCCGCCUCGGACUUCCGAAUAUUCCGUGGGUGGGAACUUUUGCGCUCUGCUCCGCAGCGAAUGGACAGCCAUCGAAUACCUUAUCCUUGUCCAAUCUCGCGAUCUUGCCGCCGAGAAUAAUUGCCAUGUCCCAGAUGUCUUGCCCGCCUUCUCCAGAGCGCGGGGCCGAGUUGCCAAGUCGCGGGGUGAGAGCCAGGAGGCCAGUGUUAUUCAUUGACUCGCCUCUAACCUUCAAGAAGACUGUGCUGACUUUUCUGGCACGCCCGUUGUCAUGCUUGGGACAUUAUUGAUGGCAUUCGCGGCAUUG